CCACCGUACCCACAUUCUCAGCUCUCCAAUAUUAUAGCCCACUUUCCUAAUCUAUAUUCUCUAUCGAAUUCUAUAUAGCAUCCAAAUUCACUUCAUUCUCACCUUUUUAUCCGGCGAAGUUUCCGAUCAUCGCCGGCGCACCCAAAAUUCACCGCAUAUCUCUGACUUAAUUGAUCUCGUCUCUAUACACAGACAUGAAUCCCGAGUAUGACUAUCUGUUCAAACUAUUGCUCAUCGGAGAUUCGGGAGUCGGGAAAUCAUGUCUCCUUUUGCGUUUUGCUGAUGAUUCAUACUUAGAAAGCUACAUUAGCACCAUCGGUGUGGACUUUAAAAUUCGCACUGUGGAACAGGAUGGGAAAACAAUUAAGCUUCAAAUCUGGGAUACUGCUGGGCAAGAACGUUUUAGGACCAUUACCAGCAGCUACUAUCGUGGAGCUCAUGGCAUCAUUGUUGUUUAUGAUGUGACAGAUCAAGAAAGUUUCAACAAUGUGAAGCAAUGGUUGAGUGAGAUUGAUCGAUAUGCUAAUGAGAAUGUAAACAAGCUUCUUGUUGGCAACAAAUGUGAUCUGACAUCUCAAAAAGUCGUGUCAUAUGAAACAGGGAAGGCUUUUGCUGAUGAGAUUGGAAUUCCAUUUCUUGAAACAAGUGCCAAGAGUUCCACCAAUGUGGAAGAGGCUUUUAUGGCAAUGACUGCUGAAAUUAAAAACAGGAUGGCAAGCCAGCCAGCAAUGAACAAUGCUAGACCUCCAACUGUUCAAAUCCGAGGACAACCAGUGAACCAGAAGUCAGGUUGCUGCUCAUCUUGAAGAGGAUACACAUUUUGGUGGUCAAUGUUCCGACAGUAUGCAUGUUCGUUUCCAUUCAUGCAAGCUUCAGGGUCGUGUACUUAUUGAUCACAAAAUGUUUCUUAUCCCCACAUGACCACAUCCCUUUGUUGAAACUUCUAUUCUUUUCGAUGUAAACUUAAAUCAGGGCUUGUACAAAGUAGGAUAAGAUUGUUGAAUGUCUAUUAUGUUUAUACUGUUUUCCAACUUGCAUCUUUUUGCGAGUUGUAAUUUGGCAAAUGUUCAAGAUACUUUUUCCCUUUUAUAUCAACAACAUUCCGUGUGUUUAUGAUGAAUACAAGUUAACCUGAGGUCUGUUUGACUUUUA